ACAACUACAAUCGAAAAUUAGACUGUCAUCCAUGUGUCAUAAUCCGGCAAAGCGAAGCUGUUUUUAAAUAAGUUAACAAAGCUAAUAGAUAUUUUAAGGACAAUUCGUGAUUUAAAGUUGUCUUUUUUUGAAAAAUGGCUCGGCGUUAUGAUACCAGGACGACGAUCUUUUCGCCGGAAGGCAGGCUGUAUCAAGUGGAAUAUGCCAUGGAAGCCAUCAGUCAUGCUGGCACAUCCCUUGGAAUCCUAGCCACAGAUGGAAUUUUACUAGCUGCUGAACGAAGGAAUACCAACAAACUUCUUGAUGAAGUUUUCUUUUCAGAGAAAAUUUAUAAGCUAAAUGAUGACAUGGUUUGUUCUGUAGCCGGUAUUACAUCUGAUGCAAAUGUCCUGACUAAUGAGCUUAGAAUGAUCGCUCAGAGAUAUCUGCUGCAAUAUGGAGAAUCUAUUCCAUGUGAACAGUUAGUGUCAUGGCUGUGUGACGUAAAACAGGCUUACACUCAAUAUGGAGGCAAGAGACCAUUUGGUGUAUCAAUUCUGUACAUGGGAUGGGAUAAACACUAUGGUUACCAGCUGUACCAGUCAGAUCCUAGUGGUAACUAUGGAGGCUGGAAGGCAACAUGCAUCGGAAACAAUAGUGCUGCCGCAGUAUCAAGUCUUAAACAAGAAUACAAGGAAAAUGAAACAACUUUGGCCGAAGCACAGGCAUUGGCUAUCAAAGUUCUCAGCAAAACUUUGGAUAUGACUAAACUCACUCCAGAAAAAGUGGAAAUGGCAACACUUACACGCAAAGACAAUAAGACUGUCAUCAGAAUAUUAACAAGCACAGAGGUUGAAAAAUUAAUUUCCGACUUCGAAAAGAGUGAAGCCGAAGCGGAGGCUGCCAAAAAACUGCUACCGAAAUCGUAAAAAUGUAAAGGUUUAAAGGUUCUUUUAUUUGCACAUUAAAUAUUUUAUAAAAUUA